UAGGUCAUUGUGGCUAUGGAGGUCUAGGAUUAGUGAAAGGCUUCUCGAGCUCGGUCAAUCGAUCACUCAUUUCUUCACUGAUCGUGAAUUUCUUGCGCAAGGUGAGGCCAUCCAAGGGUUUAAGGCCAUGGGAAGGCUGUGCUUGAUCCACCUCGAUGGCAAAAUCUACAGCUGCCGCAUUUGCCACAGCCAUCUCGCGACGCCCGGCGAUCUCAUGGCAAAGAAUUUCCACUGCCGCCAUGGGACGGCCUAUCUUUUCAAGACAGUGGUGAAUGUGGGGAUUGGAAAGCUCGAAGAGCGACAGAUGACAACUGGAUUGCACACGGUCGCGGACAUCUAUUGCAUUUGCUGCCGGAAGAUCUUGGGCUGGAAAUAUGUGACUGCCCAGGUGAACGAUCAAAAGUACAAGGAGGGCAAGUUCAUUCUCGAGAGGAAGAUGAUCGCUGGUGGGGAAGGCCAUGAGCUCCGCGACGAAGAAGUUUUAGGGAGUGAUGGAGACGAGUGACGUGAUUAUUAAAAUAAUUAGUAUAUUCAUGUAAAUACCGCUAAUUAAGUCUGGGUGGUGUAGUUGGUUA